AUGGAUGCAGUUCGAUUCGCCAAACCGGCAAUUACUAGUAUUGUACCUCCCGAGCUUCUCGGUGAUAUCUUCUCUCGGCUCUGCUCUCAUUGCAGCGACGACGUCGACAGUGAAGACAAUGCAGCAAACACCAAAGACUUAUUGGCCUUGACGCAAACAUGCAGAUACUUUCGCUCAGUUGCAAUGCCAAUCCUAUUCCACAGUCUCGGCCCUCAUCUUCCGUCGACUUAUAUCUUCCGAGUCCUGGAUGACCAGCCAGAUUUGGUGCAUAUGGUGAAGCAUCUAUGCUUGCCACUAUCGACACCCAAAAGCUCCUCUAUAAUGGCGGACCCCGUUGUUCUCGCGAGAUUUGCUAAUAGGCUAUCACUCAGUCGCGAAUGGAUCGAAAGGACGCAAUUCUCUGUUGUCGACGCAGAAAUGUGUCUCGCUAUGGCGUUAUGCUCUGGCAUAGAACGCCUGAAGAUACAAAUCGCAGACGAUCAAAUUUUCGGGCAUCCGAGGCAUUUCGAAAUUCUAUAUUCUCUUUUAGAAAAUCGUAAGCAUGAAGAUAUCUUCCCGAAGCUUCGACAUCUUGACAUCGACAAGACUCAAUGCAUUCAGUUCAGCCUUUGUGAUCCCGAGCCAAUCCUUCUUCUGCGUGGUGCACCUCGUCUUCGAACACUGAUAUUCCGAGGUCCUGCGACCGAGAGACACGGUAAUCAGAAUAGCGAAUCGAACAUACAGGAAUUCUGCGCUGGUGUGGCGAACAUCGCGGAGAUCCAGAUCCUGGGUUGGCCGUUCUUUACGGAUAAUUGGCAAACUCGUGCACUCGAGCGGAUUCUCGGGGCGGCUCGGAAUCUUAAGACGUUCAAGUUUGUCGGUGUUGGCAGUGGCUACUGGCAUACUGAUGCUCGAUCCGAAAUCUCACCUGCACAGUUACUCGGAUUCCUUAGCCCAGAAACGGAAAAGACAUUGCAGCACCUCAGCUUGAACUUCGACAGCAGGUCAGUACCCAGUCGGCUUGGCUUUUCGCAACCCGAACCCAUAAGGCCCCAGCAGAUCAAGCAGUUUACAAGUCUAAAUACUCUCGAAGUCGACCCCUUGUGCUACUGCAUCCAAGACAACGGAGAGGAAGAUGACAUUGAGCAAGAAACAUACCUCGUCGAUUUCCUGCCACAGACAGUCCAUACCUUGACCAUCCUCUUGGACAGAUGGGCUAGAUAUGGGCUUGUGUAUGAUAGUACCUUGCUAGCACAACGAGUUCUUUCUGGCGAGUUUCCGAACCUGAAGAGGGUUCAAGUUGAUGCUCCUAUCUGGUGCAUGAUGCCUUUGCGUAAUAGCGGGGAUGAUGACUGGGAUAAGGAGCAACAGGUGAAAUUGUCAGAUAUGAAGGUGCGCGGGGAGGCUUUUGAAGAGAGAUUCGUUGGUUGUGGUAUUGAGACACGGUUUAAGACUUGGGUUGUCCAGCUGGAUGGAUUAUCGUGA